CCACCCGCAUCGUUCGCGGGGGAUCGCUACACGCGUUAACGCGACGACGCGAGCCGCGAUACCGCGGUUUACACGCUCUCGCAAUCAAAGAGAAACACCCGGCCCUCUCCGUUUCCGCCAUGCCGGGGGUCGACUAGUUGGCUCUGAGUAGAGACAGGAUCGGGUGCGGGAAUUAACGGUUUGUGCGGUUAUUCAUCCCCUUCUCUUCAUCUUAUCUCAUCCCAUCUUCGUUCGUAUCCCUUACUCGCAGAGUGCGGUUGUUCCCGGUUUUAUUCCUAUUUUCCGAUCGCUCGCCGAAGAGAGCCGGGACGAUGAAGCCAAGGUGCGGGCGGCUCCUUGGGGUCCGAGCCGAUCUUUCGCGAGGGUGAUAGAUUCAGUGUGUGAUAGAUCCGUUGAUCGCCAUAUUUAUUGUGCAGGACAAGCCGACAGGUGUUAUUCGAUGGUGCGGAUACACGUAUAAUACCUGGUAGAGAGAUAAGUGAACGGGGAAAUAUAGAAGGACAGGAAUCACAGCUGUGGUGUCGGAGGGUCGUGAAGAGCGAAAUUCUUCUACGGCCGAAGAAUGCUGCCGUAUCAGGUGGCGAUGGCCGACUAUGGGAGCUUCCAGAGGCAGAGUCCGGUCGGCGUUGGCGUCGGCGUCGGGGUCGGUGGGCCCCAUCAAGGGGGCGCCGGGGCCCUGAACAUCAACCCCGCGUUCACGCACUCCUGGUUCGUACCGGCGGACCUCUGUGUCCCGUACAAACAGAGUCAGGGUCCUCUCCUCGAGCCAGGCAUCCUCGAGCUUCGGAAAGAGAAGAGCAGAGACGCGGCGAGGUCGCGGCGAGGAAAGGAAAACCACGAGUUCUACGAGUUGGCAAAAAUGCUCCCGCUCCCGGCGGCCAUCACCUCCCAGCUAGACAAGGCGUCGAUCAUCAGACUCACAAUCUCCUACCUCAAACUCCGAGAUUUCUCGGGGCACGGGGACCCUCCAUGGAGCCGGGAUGGUCCAGCGCCUAACAAGUCCAUCAAAGGUGCCAACCGGGUGAGGUCACCUGCAACACUGGCAAUGGACAUGUUCGAGCAGCAUCAGGGUACACACAUCCUUCAGUCGCUCGACGGAUUCGCAAUGGCGGUCGCAGCUGAUGGAAGGUUUCUGUACAUCUCGGAGACAGUCUCCAUCUACCUCGGACUUUCCCAGGUGGAGAUGACUGGGUCCUCGGUGUUCGACUACGUCCAUCAGCAAGACCAUUCCGAGGUCGCCGAACAGCUCGGCUUGGGCCUCGCGUCAUCCUCGAGUUCCUCGGGCCCACAUUCCUCCAGCUCUGGUCUCGCCUCUCCGAGUAGCGCUGCAUCGGAAGAGCACGGUUCUUCGUCGACAGCCAAUCCUGACGUAUCCUCUGUGAUGUCGUUGACGGCCAGCGGUCUCUACAAGGGUUAUGACCGGGCAUUCUGCGUGCGGAUGAAAUCCACGCUGACGAAAAGGGGAUGCCAUUUCAAGUCCUCUGGGUACAGGGUGGUGUUGCUGCUGUGCAGACUCAGGCCUCAGUACACUUUCAGCCACUCCAGGAAGUCGGCACCACCGCUGAUGGGCAUGGUAGGUCUCGCCAUCGCCCUACCACCUCCCAGUGUCCACGAGAUUCGACUUGAGACUGACAUGUUCGUCACUCGCAUCAACUUUGACUUCCGGAUAGCCCACUGCGAACCAAAGGUAUCAGAACUCCUGGACUAUUCGGCGGACGAGUUAACGGGAAAGAAUUUGUACGCCUUGUGCCACGGAGAAGACGCGAAUCGUCUUCGAAAGUCACACGUCGACCUUAUUCACAAAGGGCAGGUCCUCACUCACUAUUAUCGGUUAAUGAACAAAAGUGGAGGCUAUACGUGGCUACAGACGUGCGCUACAGUGGUGUGCAACUCGAAGAACGCCGAGGAGCAGAACAUCAUUUGCGUGAACUACGUGAUCAGUGGUCGAGAGUACGAAAACCUCAUCAUGGAUUGCUGCCAGCUGGAGGAUGGCGUAACUGGCGUGAAGAGGGAAGAUGCUGCCGGAAAUGACCCUGAGAACGGUUCACCCGACGCUGACAGAGGAGAAGGACGCAGCAGCGGAGGACCGACGAAUCAGCAGCCCGAUCACCCGCACCGGUCGCCUCAGGAGGACGGCGAAGACGCGCCAGGAUCCGAGGGUGAACCGCGAGGCGGAAGGCAGCACGAGCACGCGGCGCAACUGCAACAGGAGCCGCAAGCGGUUGUGGGUAACGUAAACGCACCGGCGGUGAAGCUGCGAGGACACAAGCGGAAAAUAGUCCCAGACGAGGAGAGCAGCUCGGGCGAGGAGGAGGACGAGGACGAGAUGACGGGGAAGGCUGCGGGGAACGGAAGAAGCCACGCGCUGAGUCCGGCGUCCUCGAGUCACUCCGUGCCCGGUGGAGAUCACGCGCUGCGACCCGGAAGUCCCAAAGCGCGUCGCUCGGACGGAAGCGACGGAAACGCGGAUGUCCCGGGAGCCUCGGUGAAGGACCUGGAGCAGGCGAUGUCGAAACAUCUGCCCGGGGCGCCGCUCGGCAAGCCGGAAUCCCCGGCGCUCCACCAGCCGACGGACUUCAGCACGGACGCGCUGCUCAAGCAGCAGCAGCAACGCAGCACCAUCCAGUGGAUCGGGGCCCACCACCACCACCUCAGCCACCUGAACCCUCAGCAGUCGGCGACGGCGCCGCUUCCGGCCUCGGCCCUACUUCGGCAGCUCUACGCCAACCGGGAGAGCGUCAUCCGCGCUAACGUCCACGGCAUAACGUCGACGGGGACGAGAGCUCCUUCGACGGGGGGCGGCUACUACGCCGGGGAGAACCCGCAGAACGGACCUCUGCCCACACCCCCGGGAUCCGAGGGCUCGUCGACCUACGGCGAACACCAGUUCGUACUUUCCGCCCACAACCAGAAGACCUCGGCGACGUCGAGCGGCGCCGACGCGUUCACCAGUCUGGUUUCGUCCUACUCGGCGGCGGGCGGAUACGCCGUGGAUUAUCACUCGGCGAUGACGCCACCCUCGUCGGUUUCGCCGCGCGACAAGCAUCCUCAGCAGCAGCAACAGCAGCAGCAGCAGCAGCAGCAGCAGCAACAACAGCAACAGCAACAAAUCCACCCGGGUGGCGUCGUCGGUGGUUACGAGACCUCGGUUUACGCCGAUCCGCUACUCAGACAUCAGUACGAACCCGCCCAGCCGUUACCCCUGAAGCCUCAGGUUUAUUCGGCCGCGGUGCAUCCCAGCGCCCUCGACGCCGCCGCCGUCGCCUACGCCUCCGCAGGACUCGAACAACCGCAGUUUUAUCACCAUCCUGCCGCAGGGGCCGGAUUUCACUUGUAUCAUCCAUCCAACAAGGCGGCAUCGAGCACCUGGUACAGCUCGGCUUCUUAGUAGCGCUGGGCCGACGGAGUGUACUUAAAAAAUUCAUAGAACAAGGAGGAGAAACGUUGUAUAGAAACGAACCCAAAGGCCCCACGUGCAUAUCAGACCUCCUCCCUCCCAGAUGUAAAAGGAAAGACGAAGAAAAAAAACAUACACUGUUAUUUAUAACCGUCAUCACGCAGCAGCUAAGGACUGUAGGUGGAGUAUAUUCAGCUACUGAAAAUCAUUUCUUCGUACCAAGGAAGAACCUGUGAGAAUUUAUACAUGUUGACUGUUGCGAUUUCGUUCCCGGUAUACAGUUCGUCAAUUUUUACACUCGAUGAUGAAGGACGGGUCAUUUUGUAUGACACGGAAUCGCUCGCACUAUAUGCGCUCUUUGAAGUCCCUCGAAAAGGGCCACCCGUCAUCGAGGAUCGUUUAUUGAAAAUUAUUCCCCCCCCCCCCCAUUUCACAGUGCUGGACAUUCCGUGCCGAUAUUCGUGCUGGUGCUAAAUACUGUAUAAUUUUUCUUUGCCUCCCUCCCCCCUGUUUUUUUUUUUUCUCUCAAAAUAAUUUUCACCAGGUGUGAUCGACGACGUGGGCGCCUUCGCUGCAGCAGACGAAGUAAAAAUAGAUAACGCGUUGAAACCGCACCCCCAAUUUAGAUAUUUAUUUAAUUGUUAGUUAUACUAUUUAUGUUAUUGGACAACGUGAUCCAAAUUUGUUUUCGUCUUCUUUUGUUAGGCAGCUUAUUGUGGGUUAUUAUGAAUUGAUGAUAAUUAUUAUUGAUACAAUACGAUCGUGGAACCAAAAUACCUAGUUCUUGUUUUAUCAUUUAUACAUAUAAUAAUACAAUGUUGUGUACAUAUAUUUGUGUAGUUAUAUACUUAUACAUAUAUUAGGUAUAUAUAUAUAUAAUUAUAUAUACAAGGCAUACCCAAUUGACGUUAUAAUAAUAUUUAAAGAGAUAUGAAAGAGAGUCAAGGAAAUAAGAUGAGAAAAAGAAAAGAAAAAGGCAAACGAAGUAUGUGAGUAUGUUUGUAAAUCGUUCUACGCUAGAGGCUUGUACAAAAUACGUGGUAGCAGUAGAGUGUAGCAUGUAUUAAACUUAGAGUUUACGCGACGAGGGCCAAACGGCGGCUCCAGAAAUCUGCAAGCCCCUGCAGGUUCGCAAGUAUUCGAUCCCGAGACGCUCCUGUCACCCCGGGGUGUCGAUGAAAUUUGCCAAGUACUUAAACGAGUGUGGGAUCGACUAGUCUGGUGGCCAUUUGGUCCUCCUCCCCCGUUGUACAUAAAUUAUAAAUGAUUUUGGGGCGUCACUGAGUACCAAUCACUCGAGCUCUUAUACAAAUAGGUAUAUUAUAUAUAUAUAUAUACAUAUACAUAUAUAUAUAUAUAUAAAUAUGUCGAACGUCAACUGUUACGUAGGUUUACAAAUAUUUCAACUAAGAGUAAGAAGAAGAAGAAGAAAAAACCGUAAGAAUCUUAUUAAUCCACAGCCUUGCGACUUUACUAAUUGCUGUUCAGUCAGAGACUGUAUAUACGUACCUACAUUGUAAGCCAAGCCCAGUGCAAUAAUUCUUAUACAUAUACGACGAUGUACGAAUUCACGCCAUAUUGUUAGCACGGAGUAACAACGCAGUCAGGAGUUCUCAAGAUCUCUAGGAUUCGCCACCCCCUCGGUAUCGCUAAUUACGAUCCCCCACGCUCACCGUGUCCAGUCGCGUAAUGAUAAAGUCUGGCGGUCCAGGGUGCCUGGAUCGCGGAUGCUGCCAAAGCCCGGACCCGCGGCUGUAUAAAUAUUGUAAGUAACGGCUCGUCGCGAUGCUAUUGACGCCUCGACGAAUUCAAUGGUAGUUAUUAACACCUAUCGGCUGUACAAUGUACGCAGCAGCAUCCGACGUGCGAUGUAUGUUUAUGAAUGAAAAAGACAACAAA